AUGUAUCGGUUUGCUUCAAGCCUCGCAUCCAAAGCUCGAGUUGCUAGGAACUGCUCCAAGCAGAUUGGUGGUACGUUGAGUUGGAGUAGAAAUUAUGCAGCCAAAGACAUAAAAUUUGGAGUGGAGGCCCGAGCCCUCAUGCUCAAUGGUGUCGAAGAUCUUGCCGAUGCUGUCAAAGUCACCAUGGGCCCUAAGGGGCGUAAUGUGGUUAUUGAACAAAGCUUUGGUGCACCCAAAGUAACAAAAGAUGGUGUAACUGUUGCAAAAAGUAUAGAGUUCAAGGAUAAAAUCAAGAAUGUUGGUGCUAGCCUGGUGAAACAGGUUGCUAAUGCCACCAAUGAUGCAGCGGGUGACGGCACUACUUGUGCUACAAUCCUGACCAGAGCUAUUUACACCGAAGGGUGCAAGUCAGUUGCUGCUGGGAUGAAUGCAAUGGACUUGCGACGCGGUAUUACUAUGGCAGUUGAUUCUGUGGUAACAAACUUGAAGAGCAGAGCAAGAAUGAUCAGCACUUCUGAAGAGAUAGCACAGGUUGGAACAAUAUCUGCAAAUGGAGACAGAGAAAUUGGUGAGUUGAUUGCAAAGGCCAUGGAGAAGGUUGGCAAAGAGGGUGUAAUCACAAUCUCGGAUGGGAAAACAUUGGACAAUGAGUUGGAGGUUGUUGAGGGAAUGAAGCUAGACAGGGGCUACAUAUCCCCUUAUUUCAUCACCAACCAGAAAAAUCAGAAAUGUGAAUUGGAAAAUCCCCUAAUCGUAAUCCAUGAGAAGAAAAUCUCAAGUAUUAAUGCUGUGGUGAAAAUUUUGGAGUUGGCUUUGCAGAAGCAAAGGCCUUUGCUGAUUGUUGCCGAAGAUGUGGAGAGUGAAGCACUGGCAACCCUUAUUCUAAAUAAGCUUCGUGCUGGAAUCAAGGUCUGUGCAAUCAAAGCCCCUGGUUUUGGUGAAAAUAGGAAAUCCAGUCUCCAGGAUCUUGCCGUUCUCACUGGGGGUUCUCUUAUUACUGAGGAGCUUGGUCUGAAUCUUGACAAAGUGGAAUUGGAUAUGCUCGGCACUUGCAAAAAGGUCACAAUUUCAAAAGAUGACACUGUAAUUCUUGACGGUGCUGGUGACAAGAAGGCUAUUGAUGAAAGAUCUGAACAGAUUAGAUCGGCCAUUGAAUUAAGUACUUCCGAUUAUGACAAGGAAAAGUUACAGGAGAGACUGGCAAAGCUCUCUGGUGGUGUUGCUGUUUUGAAGAUUGGAGGAGCUAGCGAAACUGAAGUUGGUGAGAAGAAGGAUAGAGUUACUGAUGCCUUAAAUGCCACCAAGGCAGCUGUUGAAGAGGGUAUAGUACCAGGUGGUGGCGUUGCUCUUCUUUAUGCAUCGAAAGAGUUGGAAAAGCUCCCGACUGCUAACUUUGACCAGAAGAUUGGAGUUCAGAUUAUUCAGAAUGCUCUGAAGGCACCUGUCCAUACAAUUGCUUCUAAUGCUGGAGUGGAGGGAGCUGUUGUUGUUGGUAAGCUAUUGGAGCAAGAUAACCCUGAUCUUGGCUACGAUGCAGCUAAAGGUGAAUAUGUUGAUAUGGUAAAGUCUGGAAUAAUAGACCCAUUGAAAGUAAUUAGAACUGCUUUAGUCGAUGCUGCAAGCGUGUCGUCUUUGCUGACAACUACUGAAGCUGUUGUAGUUGAACUUCCCAGUGAUAAGGAGACUCCAGCAAUGGGUGGUGGCAUGGGUGGAAUGGAUUAUUGA